AUGAAGCAAGCCCAAGGAUGGGCGAGACGACGACCUCAUGGCGAACAACAUGACCAAUCGUACAUGAAGAAGUACGUAGAUGACAUCAAGGAGAUAUUUCACAAAGGUGAGGCCGAUUCAUCGCUUAAGAUGCAGCCUGGUUCAAUGCUUUCACAACUAAAAUUAAUGUAUCCUGGCCAAUACUCUCUACCUAACGAAAUGAAUAUACGGACGCUGAUAUCUACGUUAACAAGCGCGAAGAAAGCAGCGGAUGCGAAGCGGAAGACAGAGAUAGCGCAAGCAGAAAAGGAGGCUCUAACGAUGGCAGCCGCUGCUGCGAGAGGUGAGGAGUACGUUUCCGCUGCAGGCAAGAAGGCGCGCAAGAAGACUAUAGCUUUUCCUAAACUGUAUCAAACUGAUAUGGAAAAUAUAUUGGAAGACAACACGGAUAUCAGGUGGCAGGAGGCUAUACCUUUGAUGAAAGAAUAG